AUGAUUCAACUCUCAAUUAUAGCAUUAUGCUUGUGUGCGUUCUCAACUGUUUCAUCGGAUCGAAUUGUUGCUCGAAAUAUCGAUUAUGAAAUAGUUGUUGGCAGUAAAAUUUGGCUCGAUUUAGAUGUUUUAAAUUCAAGCAGCAUCCCAGACGAGGAUGUUACGCUUUUCCUCAGCACUUCGAAGUUCAUCGAAUACCCACAUACGAUUACCAUACACAACUCAAGUGCUCAUUUCGAACUAACCGGUAUUCAGCCAGUCUCCAGAGAAAUUAUCCAGGUUGUCAAUUGCUCACUUCCUAGCCUUGAUAACUCAACAUGUCCAUUCGACCUCACUGAUGCUUUCUUCCGAGUUUCUGUUAUACGUUCGAAGACUCUUUCUUGGUUUAUCGAAGUUGUUGGAUGGAUUUAUUUCCUUGCAUGGAGCGUCUCGUUUUAUCCACAAAUUAUAUUAAACUUCAAAAGAAAAAGUGUGGUUGGUUUGAAUUUCGAUUUUCUGGCACUCAAUUUACUCGGAUUUGGAGCAUAUUCUGCAUUUAAUUUGUUACUUUUCUUCAAUGAACAUGUCAAGGAAAUCUAUCACACUGAAAACCCACAUUCUCCGCCACCUGUCCUCACUAAUGACGUCGUUUUCGCUGUGCACGCGGUCAUUGCCUGCUCAGUCACUAUUAUCCAAUGCUUUAUUUAUGAGAGAGAAAAUCAAAAAGUCAGUACAAAAUGUAGGUAUGUGAUCAUCGGAUUUUUGUCGUUUGGUGCCAUUUGCGGACUUCUCACCAUAUUCCGUGCGAUUUCGAUUCUCUCGUUUGUCAUAAGCCUUUCUUAUAUCAAAAUGGCGAUCACCUGUUUAAAAUAUUUCCCUCAGGCGAUCUAUAACUAUAGGCGGAAAAGCACUGUCGGGUGGUCAAUUGGAAAUAUCCUUCUCGACUUCACCGGAGGAACGUUAGAUAUUUUCCAAAUGGUUCUUCAAGCUCUCAAUUUCAAUGAUUGGGGUGGUUUUUACGGAAAUCCCGUCAAAUUCGGUCUUGGUCUUGUUUCGAUCGUUUUCGACAUCGUCUUCAUUAUUCAGCACUACAUUUUAUACAGAGGAUCCGAGGUAGCGCAUAAUGACUAUUCCGGAGUCACAAAUCCAGAAGCUCCGCCUCAAGAACCCCAAGAAUACGGUAGCCUAGAACAACCAGGUCCGAUAAUUGUCGAUGAUGACUAA